CGUGGCCGCACACAGGUGGCGCACUCGUUCUCUGUCCUCGGUCCUGAAAGCUUCUCUCACUCCGGACCCUUUCCACUACCCUCCACUAGCUUUGCCUCCCUGGCAUCUCGACACGCUCAUCUUUCUACAUCGGCUGGCAGUGGAUUUUGCAAAAAUGGCCGUGCGCCGAUUAAGUGAGUACAAGAGGCAAAAUCGGACCGAUUGGAACGCCGCUUUGUGACUGGGAAAGCUGUCUUUGCACAAUCUCCUCCUUGCAGCUCUUUUGGAUCUCUGAGACGGUUUUAUUGCGGGGGAAUCAACGAAAAAUCGAAUAUUGAGGAUUAUACAAGCAUAAUGCACAUAUACCGCUUGCGUUUCUUCUAUUAGAACAGUCGUGAAGUGAAUUUAGGGGGAGGCAGAAAUGGAGCCUGAAAGCAACCAAGGAGCUUUUCCAAACACUAAAGAGGGACUGAAACAAAUAGCAGGAAAGGCCCUUGGAAGUCUGUACAGGAGGUUGGAGAAGCGGCAGCAAACGGGCGAGGCCAUCGAGCUGACCGAGGAUGGGCGACCCCGCGCCGAGCAGGGCCGCAGGGGGCCCCUGUGCGACUGCACGUGCUUCGGGCUUCCGCGCAGGUACAUCAUCGCCAUGCUGAGCGGCCUGGGCUUCUGCAUCUCCUUCGGCAUCCGCUGCAACCUGGGCGUGGCCAUCGUCAGCAUGGUCAACAACAGCACAGUCCAUCAGAACGGCAAGAUCAUUAUAAAAGAGAAAGCGAAAUUUAAUUGGGACCCCGAGACAGUGGGGAUGAUCCAUGGCUCUUUCUUCUGGGGUUACAUCGUCACCCAAAUCCCGGGGGGAUAUAUUUCCUCCAGGCUGGCUGCCAACAGAGUUUUCGGGGCUGCCAUUGUUCUGACAUCCACCCUGAACAUGUUCAUCCCCACAGCGGCCCGCGCGCACUACGGAUGCGUCAUCUUUGUGAGGAUAUUACAAGGCUUGGUGGAGGGAGUGACUUAUCCAGCCUGUCACGGCAUCUGGAGUAAAUGGGCUCCUCCACUGGAAAGAAGUCGUCUGGCAACCAUCUCUUUCUGUGGAUCCUAUGCUGGUGCGGUUAUAGCCAUGCCUCUGGCUGGAAUCUUGGUUCAGUACACUGGGUGGUCUUCAGUCUUCUACGUGUAUGGCUCCUUUGGCCUAAUCUGGUACAUGUUCUGGAUCUUGGUGUCCUACGAGAGCCCAGCCGAGCACCCAACGAUCUCGGAAGAGGAGCGCCGCUACAUUGAGGAGAGCAUUGGUGAAAGCGCCCAGCUAAUGGGUGCCAUGGAGAAAUUUAAGACUCCCUGGAGAAAGUUCUUCACCUCUAUGCCUGUCUAUGCAAUUAUUGUGGCAAACUUCUGCAGAAGCUGGACUUUUUAUCUGCUGCUCAUCAGCCAGCCUGCGUACUUUGAAGAAGUGUUUGGCUUUGAAAUAAGCAAGGUUGGAAUAGUGUCAGCACUCCCUCACUUGGUCAUGACCAUCAUCGUGCCAUUAGGAGGCCAGUUAGCAGACUACUUGCGUACGCACAACAUCAUGUCCACCACGACGGUCCGCAAAAUCAUGAACUGUGGAGGAUUCGGUAUGGAAGCUACCCUCCUCUUGGUUGUGGGUUAUUCUCACAGUAAGGGGAUAGCCAUCUCCUUCUUGGUACUGGCGGUGGGCUUUAGUGGAUUUGCAAUAUCAGGUUUCAAUGUCAACCAUUUGGACAUUGCUCCGCGCUAUGCUAGCAUACUUAUGGGUAUCUCCAAUGGCGUGGGCACCCUGUCAGGAAUGGUCUGCCCUCUAAUCGUGGGAGCCAUGACAAAGAAUAAAACUCGGGAAGAAUGGCAAUAUGUCUUCUUGAUUGCCUCCCUGGUGCAUUACGGAGGUGUGGUGUUCUACGGGAUCUUUGCCUCCGGGGAAAAACAGCCGUGGGCCGACCCAGAGGAGACCAGCGACGAGAAGUGCGGCUUCAUUGAUGAGGACGAGCUGGCUGAAGAGACAGGUGACAUCACGCAGGGUUACGGCGCCGUUGGCGGCCCUGCUAAAAGCUAUGGGGCCACAGCGCAGCUCAAUGGUGGAUGGGUACAGGACUGGGAUAAAACAGAAGAGUACGUUCAAGAGCCAGCUGGAAAGAUUUACUCAGAGCGAGGAUACUCCUAAAAGCAGAUUAGAAUUGCACAAUCAAACAUCAUAGAUAGACACAUCCAUUCUGUGCAUUCUAGUUGUACGGCUGUUCCAUUUUUUUUUUUUUUUUUAAUCGCCAAUAUAAAGGGGAGUCCAUGUAAGAUUCUCACACACUUAUCAUCACAUCUACUGUCUGCAGGCCAAUCUUGUAGACUUAGGCAGCCAAACCUCAUCGGUUUACUUGAACAAAACGAGCCAGACCGCAGCAGACCGUCACACAUGGUCUCUCUACUAUUGCACUGAAAUUACCACACGAAUUCUUGUUUAAAAAAAAAAAAGAUUAUAUUGUGUUUUAUGUACUGUAUAUACCUGUAUACUGUUUCUGUGAGACUAUUGUGGAUUUGGGUCGUUGAUCUGUGUUUAACGUUGAUAUAAAAGGCCAUAUUUUUCAUGGACAGUACCUUUUCAGGGAGAUGUCGGCUUGCAAAAAAGGUAUCCUUUAACAUGAGCGAGACCUGUAAAACUCUCACAGGCAAAAAUAGAAAGCGUGAACCUUAGGUUUGUAGUGUGUGUUUGUUGCAUGAUUUUGCGCCAAUCAAUGUUGAGAUGCAGCAUUGUCCCUGUUCCAUGAUAGAUGCGAAAAACUGAUGACAUGGCGUUGUGUGACAAAUCAAAAACCUUUCAGAGGUCUGCUGCUCAUUGAAAUUUUUGAUGUGCACUGUAAUAAAUUCUGCGUAACGGCUGCUAUCACCCACCUUCUGUUUUUAUAACGUAACACUGGCUUGCUGUAUCAAACCGUUCUUGUUUUGCAGUCAUAUGACAAUUAAGGAAAUGACGCGUGUUUUGAGCUGUCGUGAGAAUCCAGCUAUAGUGCUCAUGGUGCCGAUUUUUGACAGUGAAGAAUGCAGUACCGUAUGUGGACGACUCCUUUGGUGUUUCUUGCUUGUGCUCACUCAAGCUAUUUCAUGGACACACAAGUGGAACACAAUAAUUCAUAAAAGGCUCUUCCAUUUGAAUUUGUUUACUAUACUUUGUUCCACUAUUUGCUGUAUGAAAUCUACAAGGAUGUUUAAAAUAUAUGAAUAUUUAAGAAUGUUUAAGAUGACCAAAAGAUGUUAUUAUGGCAUUGUGCCUAAAGAAUAUGUAUACAGAUAAAUGUGAUUUUAUGGAUCCUAAUAUUGUGUUUAACAAAGAGGUAUGUUGAUGUUGAAAAGCGCUAACAUUUUAUAUAAAAAACAAUUCAAAAGUCAUACUUUGUCAUCAUCUUUCAAAGAUUCUUUAAGUGUUUAGCAACCAAACAAGGUCAAAACCUUCUGCAAUCAGUUUGUUGUAGCUCCCAUUCUCUUCACGUUUCUCAUUUGUAAAUCAAUGGCACAAAUCUCUGGGGUCCAAAGUAAAGUAUUGGACUCGGUAGCUUGGUAAUUGCUAGAUGGAGGAGGAACAUCCAUUUUAAUGGGACGACUGGUGUUUACAUCCCGACAAGAAUCAUUAUCCUUUGACUUGAGAAGGAUGCACGUGGUGUAAAAUUUGCGAGGAAGGCUACACAUAAACGCAUUUGAAUGAAAAGAAGAGGUAUUACAUGUCUUUCUUUUGCUAUUCUAAGCAUCUAUGAAACUACAUUUUACCAUGCUAUAGUAAAGUGAUUCAAUGACAAUAGAGGGCAUUCUAUUAUAGAGGCGCGGCAUGUGUGCAG